AUGCCUCUCAAGCUCCUCGUCAAAACUCGCUCUGUCGUUUGCCUCUCUUCCUGCCACCUCCGUCUCCUCUCUACUGAAAUUACCACCGUCGUUUCUCCACCACAGCCGCCGGCGGAACAGGAAGCUCCGGUAAUAAAGCAAGCUUUGGAGAUCCUUCGGAGGCCGGAAAAAGAAUGGGAUGCAGCGCAACUGAAUCAAAUCCUCUUCUCCGCUUCCCCUUUCUUCCUCUUCAAAAUCGCCCGCCGGUUGCCGUCUUCCUCGCAAGCUCUCAAAUUCCUGCAGUUCCUCCGACAGAGCAGCAGCGACCCUUCGCCGCCGCCGGAUGAACGAUCGCUAUCUCACGCGUUGCAGGCUGUCUUCGAGCUCGCUAGUCGGCAACCCAAUUCGACACAGAGCGUCUACGAGGUUUACACGGCUUCCAGGGAUUUGGGCGUCCAACUUACCCCAAAUGCCGCCGCGAUUCUCCUCCGAUGCCUGGGGAGAAACGGGAUGAUGAGCGAAGCCGAGUUUUUCUUCAACGGGUUCGAUUCGGCGGUCAAGAAUUCGCAUGUUCGCAAUGUGUGGAUCAAAUUGCUGCUCCAAUCAGGUCGUUUCGAUGACGCACUCAAGGUGCUCGACGAAAUGCUCCAACCAAGUACAACCUCCGACUGCAAAGUCGAUGACUUCACAGCAGCUCAGUUUUUCACGUUUUUCUUGAAUUGGAGGAGCCACGGGAGGCUAAUACCCGAAGAAGAGAUGAUCGAUUUGGUGUUGAAAUUCGCUCGACUCGGUGUCUUCCCCACCUCGGUUUGGACGACUCAGUUCGUCACCAUGCUGUCUUGGAAGCGCAAAAUAAACUCUGCUUGGAAUCUCUUAGAUGAACUAAUGAAGUUAGAAGCUCCAGUUGAUGCAGCUCCUUGCAAUGCCUUGUUGACAGGGCUAGGAAAAGAGAUGGACAUUAAAAAAAUGAACGCAGUUAUGGUGAAGAUGAAGGAAGCAGAAAUUCAGCCAGACGUGGUCACAUUCGGGAUUCUCAUCAACCAUCUCUGCAAGCACAGGAGACUCGAUCAAGCACUUGAGGUGCUCGACAAAAUGCAGGGGGAGAUGUCAAUUGAACCAGAUGUCGUGAUCUUCAACACCAUAAUUGAUGGGCUCUCCAAAGUCGGCAGGCAAGAAGAAGCAUUUGAAUUGGUCGAGAAAAUGAAAUCUCAACACCGAGGCUGCUCCCCCAACACAGUCACCUACAACUGCUUGAUUGACGGAUUCUGUAAAGCAGGCGAGAUCGACAAAGGGAUCAACUUAUUCCACGAGAUGCAGGAAAUGGAACUCGUUCCUAAUGCCAUCACGGUUAACACUCUAGUCCACGGGAUGUGUAUGUAUGGAAGAACAAGCAAUGCAGUUCGGUUCUUCUAUGAGAUGAGAAGCAAAGGCCUUUGGGGCACUGCAGUUAGCUACACCUCGUUGAUCGACGCCUUCUGUAAAGUGAACAACAUCGCCAGAGCGAUUGAGAUCUUUGAUGAAAUGGUUACAGAUGGGUUCCCUCCUGAUUCAUACGUAUACUACACUUUGAUCUCAGGGUUGACCAGAGCUGGAAGAAUGAACGAGGCGUUGACCUACUUCCAGACCUUAAAAGAUUCUGGGUUCUCCCCUGACGUAGUCUGCUACAAUGUCUUGAUCUCAGGCCUAUUCAACACAAACAAGGCUGACAAGGCACGAGAGAUCUUUGAAGAAAUGGAGAAGGCUGGUGCUAGACCAGAUGGUGUGACCUACAACACCCUGAUCGCUUAUCACGCGAAAGAUGGAAACUUUAUCGAAGCACGGAAGCUACUGAAGAAGAUGGUUAAUGAAGGCCACGUUCCUACUGUGGUAACUUAUGGAGCUUUGAUCCAUGCUUACUGCUUGAACCAGAAGGUGAACGAAGCAAUGGCUUUGUUCAAGGAGCUAAGGGGUUCAUCGAAGGUGACUCCGAAUGGUGUGAUCUACAACAUAUUAAUAGAUUGCUUGUGCAAGAAGCAAGAUGUGCAGCAGGCGCUUGCGUUGAUGGAUGAUAUGGAGGUGAGAGGAGCGAAGGCGAGUGCCAAUACGUUUAAUGCGGUGUUUAGGGCUUUAAGGGAAGAGAGGAUGGUGAAUAAAGCGUUUGAGUUGAUGGAUAGAAUGGUUAGACAAGGUAUUAAUCCUGAUUACAUGACGAUGGAUAUUUUGACCGAGUGGCUGUCGGGAAUUGGUGAGAUGGAGAAGUUGAGGAGGUUUGUUGAAGGGUGUACUGUCUCUGAAGGUGAUCAUGCUGCUGGUGAUGGUGCUGCUGCUGCUGCAUCAUAG